GCCCAGACCACGUCAGCCCCGGCCCCAGCAGGACGCCAGCAGCAGCCUCAGAACGAAGACCCAACACCAAAUCCCCCCUGGCUGCACAGCGGUGCCAUGGGCUUCGGGCCGGAGCUGUGGUGCCUGCAGGGGCACAGCGCGCUGCUGCGGCUGCAGGAUGGGGAGCUGCGCCUCCUGGAGCUGAUGAGGAAGUGGAUGUCACAGCGGGCCAAGAGUGACCGCGAGUACGCAGGGAUGCUGCACCACAUGUUCUCCCAGCUGGAAAAGCAGGAGAGCACUUGGCAGCUCCAUGGCAACCACGGUGGUCACAUCGAGAAGUCCUGGUGGGUGCUGGUGAGCCGGACGGAGACGCUGAGCCAGAUUCUGCGGCGGCACGCGGAGGAGCUGGCAGCGGGGCCGCUGGCCAAGCUGAGCCUGCUCAUCCGCGACAAGCAGCAGCUGCGCAGAGCCUUCAGCGAGCAGUGGCAGCAGCUCAGCCAGGACUACAGCCGGACGACGCAGCAGGAGAUGGAGAAGCUGAAGGCACAGUACCGCAGCCUGGCCCGUGACAGCGCCCAGGCCAAGCGCAAGUACCAGGAGGCCAGCAAAGACAAGGAGCGCGACAAGGCAAAGGAGAAGUAUGUGCGCAGCCUCUGGAAGCUCCAUGCCCUCCACAAUCAGUAUGUGCUGGCUGUGCAGGCGGCCGCGCUGCACCACCAGCACCACUACCAGCGGGUGCUGCCCAGCCUGCAUCAAUCCCUCUACGGUCUGCAGCAGGAGAUGGUCCUCGUCCUAAAGGAGAUCCUCAGCGAGUACUGCAGCAUCAGCAGCCUGGUACAGGAGGAUCUUUUGGCCAUUCACCAGGAGAUUGCCAGUGCCAUCCAGGCCAUCGACCCUGCCACUGAGUACAGCAGCUUCAUCCAGAGCCACCAGUACGAAUCUGAGAUGCCACCAGCUGUGUCCUUUGAUGAGAGCCUGCUGGAGGACACAGAAAACCUGGUGCCGGGGGAGCUGCAGUUGAAUGAGCUGACCCUUGAAAGUGUCCAGCACUGCCUGACAUCGGUUGAGGAGGAGUUGGUGGCCGCCACAGAGGCCGUGAGCAUCAAGGAGCAGCAGAUGCAGGAGCUGAAGGCAGAGAUCCACGACGAGGAGCAGGGCCGGAGCCCCGGGGAGCGGGUGCACCUGUUGGGCAGGCGGCAGGGGCUGCACGAGGCGCGGCAGCAGCUCGAGGGCUGCCUGUGCGCCCAGGCCAAGCUGCGGGCGCAGCGGGACCUGCUGGCCAGCAAGCUGGCAGAGCUGGGCGCCAGGGAGCCCCUGCCUGCCCUGCCUCUGCCAGAGGACCGGCAGUCCGUCUCCUCCACGGAGCAGGAGCGGAGCGGGGCCAGCGCGCUGGAGACCCUCAAGAACCACAUCACGGGGAUCUUCAGCCCAAAGUACUCGCUGCCACCCCCCGUGCCCCUCAUCCCAGACGUGCAGAAGCCACUGUGCCAGCAGGUCUGGUACCACGGGGCCAUCCCGCGUUCGGAGGUGCAGGAGCUGCUGACCUGCCCUGGGGACUUCCUGGUGCGGGAGAGCCAGGGCAAGCAGGAGUUCGUGCUCAGCGUGCUGUGGGAUGGGCAGCCCCGGCACUUCAUCAUCCAGGCUGUGGGAAACAUGUUUCGGCUGGAGGGUGACAGCUUCCCCACCAUUCCGCUGCUGAUCCAGAACCUCCUGCAGAGCCAGCAGCCCAUCACCCGCAAGAGUGGCAUCGUCCUGGCCAGGGCUGUGCCCAGGGACAAAUGGGUGCUGAACCACGAGGACGUGCUGCUGGGGGAGCGCAUUGGUCGGGGUAACUUUGGGGAAGUGUUCAGCGGACGCCUGCGUGCUGACAACUCCCCAGUUGCUGUGAAAUCCUGCCGGGAAACCCUUCCACCUGAGCUCAAGGCCAAGUUCCUGCAGGAAGCCAGGAUUCUCAAGCAGUACAGGCACCCCAACAUCGUGCGGCUCAUCGGUGUCUGCACGCAGAAACAGCCCAUUUACAUCGUCAUGGAGCUGGUGCAGGGGGGGGACUUCCUGACCUUCCUGCGCAGUGAGGGUCCCCACCUCCGCGUGAAGGAGCUGGUCAAGAUGACAGAGAAUGCUGCCGCCGGCAUGGAGUACCUGGAGAGCAAGCACUGCAUCCACAGGGACCUGGCUGCUCGCAACUGCCUGGUGACGGAGAGGAACACCCUGAAGAUCAGUGAUUUUGGGAUGUCACGGGAGGAGGAGGAUGGCAUCUACGCCGCCACAGGGGGAAUGAAGCAAAUCCCUGUCAAGUGGACGGCCCCUGAAGCACUCAAUUAUGGCCGAUACAGCUCAGAGAGUGAUGUCUGGAGCUUUGGCAUCCUGCUGUGGGAAGCCUUCAGCCUGGGUGCUGUCCCCUAUGCCAACCUCAGCAACCAGCAGACACGGGAGGCAGUGGAGCAUGGUUUGCGGCUGGACCCUCCCGAGCAGUGCCCUGAGGAGGUGUACCAGCUGAUGCAGCGCUGCUGGGAGUAUGACCCCCACAAGCGGCCCAACUUCUGCACCAUCCACCAGGACCUCGUCGCCAUCCGCAAGAGGCAGCGGUGACAGGGAGCACCAGGGGCCCUGGAUCCAUCCCACGGCACUGCUGGGGACACAGCAGAGCCCUGUCUGGGCUGUGGGUACUGAGGGGUGGCUGUGUGGUGCUUGAGCCCCAGGGCAGGGGCUCCUGCAUACCUCAGGGUGGGAUAUGGCAGCCACAGCUCCUG